GGCGGAAGUACGAAUUGUCGUUCCUCAGUUCUCAGCUAAGCGUUGGGUCACAAGCUUCCUCGUUUACACGGCUUCACCAACACUUUUUCUAAGGACGACUUCUAAUCGAUCUGGAUCUUUGAAGCCUGUUGGUCCCGUCCAUCUGAAGCAAUUCAACCAAUCAUGAGCAGCAGCUACAGCGUCUCCCUCAUUGGUCCCUCCCCCUGGGGAUUCCGACUGCAGGGUGGGAAGGACUUCUGCACGCCCCUCACCAUCUCAAAAUUGACAGAUGGGGGAAAGGCAUCCAAAGCCAAGAUCAGCGUUGGAGACACUGUGCUGUCCAUCGAUGGUAUCUCCACAGAUGGAAUGACCCAUCUGGAGGCCCAGAACAAGAUCAAGGCCUGCACUGGCAACCUGAACCUCACCCUGCAAAAGGGCACAAGUACUCCAAAAGCAGAAGCAGCCCCUAAGACGCAGCCAGUAGUGACCAAUGGCCCCCAGAGUAUCCUGAAGAAAAAUCCUCCCAGGACGGCAAAGAAGCCGGUGCUGACGGCAGAGCAGCGUGAGGCGGUCGCGGCCCCGGUGGCGCCAGCGCCGGACGCCAGUAAGAAGCGGCUGAUGGAGGACACGGAGGACUGGCACCCGCGCACCGGCACCACCCAGUCACGCUCCUUCCGCAUCCUGGCCCAGAUCACCGGCACCGAGAACGAUCAAGCUCCGGAGAACAGCUCUGCAAAGAAUGAAGUGGUCGAAGAUAUUCACUCCAGUGCUCCCCUGAAAUCCAAAGUGUCCUCUGGAGGCCCUCGCCAUGGUAACGGAGUGGCCCCACCUGCCUCCAAGCCCUGGCAGUCCAGCAGCACAGCAGGUCUGCCCAAAGCAGGCGUCCAGCCGUCGUUCGGUCGUGUGAGUGGCGGUGGCGGCAGCGUUCCCAAGCCUGCUCCGGCUCGCCCCGCCCCCCAGCCCCACCCCAUGGACCAGGACUCCCUGGUGCAGCGCGCCGAGCAUGUGGCAGCUGGAACCCGCACACCCAUGUGUGCCGCCUGCAACGUGGUCAUCAGGGGUCCGUUCCUGGUCGCAAUGGGGAAGGCGUGGCACCCCGAGGAGUUCAACUGCGCCCACUGCCGCGCCUCGCUGGUGGAGGUGGGCUUCGUGGAGGAGCGGGGCAAUGUGUACUGCGAGCACUGCUACGAGGAGUUCCUGGCCCCCACCUGCGCUCGCUGCCAGGGGAAAGUGCUCGGGGAAGUGAUCAACGCGCUGAAGCAGACAUGGCACGUGUCUUGCUUCCUGUGCACGUCCUGCCAGCAGCCCAUCCGCAACAACACCUUUCACCUGGAGGACGGACAGCCUUACUGCGAGAAAGAUUACUAUGAGCUCUUUGGGACGAGCUGCCAUGGCUGUGACUUCCCCAUCGAGGCAGGAGACAAGUUCCUGGAGGCUCUGGGCUUCACUUGGCACGACACCUGCUUUGUGUGCGCGGUCUGCCAGACAAGCCUGGAGGGCCAGGCGUUCUUCUCCAAGAAGGACAAGCCCUUGUGCAAGAAACAUGCCCACACUGUCAAAAUCUAAACCCAGCGUGUGCCCGCAGGAGAAGAAGCCGGGGAUGCACACAGAAAACAAACAAACAAAUAAUCAAACAAACAAACAUAAAACAGAUGGCCUAUUCCACAAUCUGUUGAUAUUCUUCAUUUGUGAAAGACUGUUUAAGUGUACAUGUUGAUAGGUAUCGCUAAGAUGUUGAGGUGUUUGGUGUGGGGGAACUGAUGCUUCUAAUUUCAUGUAUUUCCUUCAUGGACAUUGUGCUGAAUGGGCACAAAGUGACCACGACACUCAGGUGCCAUGAUUUAACUCUAGACAGAACGAUUCUCUUCUAUCACUGAAUUCAAAAUCUGAGGAUUCCAAAGUAGAAUCAACAAGUAGAUCGCGGCAUGUGUGCUCCAAAAAAAUUAGACCAGUCUUCUAAAACUACGCUACGCAAAUGGAUCUGUUCCAGUUGCAGACCCUGUGUAGCCCGGGCUUAAGAAUUUAUCAAACCAUAGUUAUCAAGGGCCAACACAGCUGCCUUCAUGCACUGUUGUGCUAGGUAAAGUAUUUCAAUGUGUUCAUUAAGCUGGUCUCUAAGCUAAUUGUAGACGAAUUAAAUAGGAAGAAACUCAUUAACCACAGCCUUAGUUUAAUGGUCUGUGUGCAGUUACAAGACUAUGUAUUCUAAGUAAAAAUAGAUAGAUUUCUAAUGGACUCUCUGAUAGUCUGUUGGGUAGCUUAUAGCUCUAUGGUGAUGUUGUCCACUUACGAAACUCAGCAAAGAGUCAAUUAACAGUUUGAUCUACGUAAAGUCUAUCAGGGAAACAAGCAGUGGAACCUGUUUAGGGUCGAAGGUCACACACUUCUUUUCCCUAUAAAGUGUGACCAUUCAACUCCCACAUGUCUCUCUCCUCUUCUGUUGCUGAGGUACACCUCAGUUUUAUUUAACCUGCUCUAUUUAUUUUAGUGGAAGGGAAGAUUUAGGGGUUCUUAGAGCUUUGCACAAUUUCACUGCACUGAUGGUCCAUGUAGUUUAGGGGCAGUGAUGUUUUUUUUUUUAUAAAAUAUUUGUUUUUAUAUGUUUAAAUGAUAUUGUUUUACGUCAUUGCAAAGUACGUCUUUCUUGUACCCUGCAAUGUUGAGUUAAAGUUAAAUGUAAUUGUGUUAAAUUGAUGCCAACAUUGUGCCUUAGUGCCUCCAAGUAAAUCUUUGGAGCAUUUUUCUCUUUAAGCAGUUAACAUUGUAACAGUUAACAUUAACAAUAUGUUGCUAAAGAAGAUUUGCUGUUAACGUACAUUUUGCCUUUUUACCUAUUUAAAAUGGAAAUAUUGAGAUGAAUUUGGGAGAUAUGCUUCUAAAAGGUAUGCUAAUUGUAAAAAAACAUGGGUUUGAUUGUAUUAUGUUUGUUGUCAGUCACUUUGUGGAUGUCUAAAAGUUGCCAUGUCUAUCAGUUUUUCACAGCCAUUGUCAGUAUGUUUUCCUAGUGGAAAAACCUCUAAUAAAGAGUAUUGAUCUGGGACAUACCUA